AUGAUUGAUGCACAGUAUCCAGAGCCAUCAUGGACACAGGCAUAUACUGAUGGAUCUGCAACAAAUGCAGCGGAAAACAGAGGGGCUGGAAUAUACAUGUACAUCAUGGACCGUAGUGGCUACCGAGAGGAGGCACAUUUUCAUACAGAGAAACACUGCACAAACUAUGAUGCAGAGCUUCAGGCUCUCGUUCAUGCUGCCCACACCAUCAGCACCAGAGAGGAGAACUGUUUACAUGUCGUCUUCCUGACAAAUGCUCUCUCUGCCAUCCAGGCUCUUGAAAACAAUAAGCUUGAUGGAAUUUCAGAAGCCCCACAUCCUAUCAGCAGUAUCAACCAAGUCAUGUUACAAUGGAUCCCCGCUCACUGUGGCAUACCAGGAAAUGAAAAUGCAGACAGACUGGCAAAACUGAGUGCAGCUAGAGAACAGGAGUAUAACUGGGUGACACACGAAGAGAUGAAAUCCCAUAUUAAAUCUCUUUAUAGACCUCGCAAACAAACCAAUGAUUAUUACCUGCUGUCCCGUUAG